AUGCUUUUGAUUGAUGAAGCAGGAGGGGCAAGGCAAGUCCGUGACGAGAAGAUCCGAGAGCAGCAGCUGCUAGACUUGGCUGCGCAGGCCAGGCAGACCCGAGCUGCACUUGCAGCUGCGCCAGCUAGAGAUGGAGAGAGUGUUGAAGAUGCAGAAGACAGACGACAGCGCAUGAAGGUGUUGAAAGAAAGGGAGCGCCAGAUAGAGCGAGAUCACCGUUUGGAGCUAGGCAAGAGGAACAUGCGCAGGAAGGAGGAAGAUCGAGAUAUUUCAGAGCGCAUUGCUCUUGGCCAGGUAGCGCAACCCAGAAGCUCAGAGGUCAUGUUUGAUCAGCGACUCUUCAACCAAUCUGCGGGCAUGGACAGUUGCCUUUCCAGUGCUGUCUAUGACACGCCGCUUUUCGCAGAUCGAAGGCUGGCAAACGUCUAUGGUGGUCCCAGGGUCACGACAAGAAGUGCACCUUUGGAGUUUGAAACCGAUGAUGAGGAACUGUGA